AUGAGUGAGGGACAAAUUCCAAGCUCAGAUGUGUUAGGCUCGCAAUUGGGUGUUGGUGUACAAGGCGCCAGUCUUUACUGUCCGCAAGAAAAUUACACUACGAAGAAGCAAGAAAAGCCACAAUGGCUAAGACCAGUAGAUGAUACAUUGGCCGAGGAUGCACUAGACCUUCAUAUAGUGGUCAAAAGUCUGCUUUGUGAUACUGCCAUAAGAUAUAUUUCCGACGACAAGGUUUUGCAAGAAUCAGAUGCCGACGAUGAUCUCAUAACUAGCGAUAUUGAUGAAGAUACGGACAAUCAGGGGGAUACAUCUAUAGUGGUCAAUCCAGUGAUACCCGUGGUACCGAAAGAUGUCCAUUUUUUUAAGAAAGUUGACGUUGGUAAUGAUUCUAUGUUUGGUGUGAACUGCGAUACGCCAGUUUCAUUUCAAGAUUACAUUCCUUCAGAUUUGCUGCGCAACUUAGAUGAUACAUUACAAGAAAGUACUAACUCUUCGAGGCCGAUGCAAGACGCCUUCUUUUGGGAUCCUACUGUGGCUAAUCGACUGGACUCUCAAUAUAUUCAGACAGCAUCAGAUUUAAGAAAUUAUAGAGACGGAACCGAAAUCAUAGCAUAUGCCUCGGGUAAAACAGGCUCAGUCCUAAAUAUAGCAGUUCUGACACGACAAAAUACAUUGCAUUUAAACCGACAUAACAAUGUAACGAGUAUCGAAUUGCAUUCACCUAUCAAGAGUAUUAAGAUACCGGGGGCCUCUGAGUCCAUCGGGCGGAGAUCAAACCUGGUGGGCAUAAUCACCGAAAAUUCUUUCCAAAUCUUUAGAAUUGAAAGUGUCCACUCAAGAUCAUGUGAUGUCAUGGUUAGUAGUUCAGAACCACUGUAUUUUGUUGAAAUAGACGACCUUCAGGUGGUAGAUUUUGCAUUCAAUCCUUGGGACUUACAACAAUUCGCAAUCAUUGAUAUAAAAGGUAACUGGAGUAUCGGGAGGAUACCAAAGAAUUUCAAUAAUAAUAACAAAAGGAAACUACAGUUAAUAGAUAACCUCCACGGUACGAUUUUUGAUCCAGAAGAAUUAUCGUCAUGGAAAAGAAUAGAAUGGUUUUCACACUUCCAAAAAAUACUGGUCUUUGAUAGGUCCAAAAUGAUUGAGAUCGACUUUAUGAACAAUUGGCAAACGGAAGUAGUACAAGCGAAAGCAUGGUCAAACAUACGUGAUUAUAAGCGGAUAGAUGAUAAAAAUGGUAUUUUACUCACUUCAAGGGAAAUAAUCAUCGUAGGGGCAUCAGAAUCAAAUGAUCCAGUGAGAAGAAUAUCUUGGAAACACGAUCUGGAUCCAGAUGAUACUACGCUCAGAAUCACUGUACAAAAGGUUAAAAAGCCUGACCAUAUUCUUCUGGUGGCCUUUGUAUAUUCGAUGCGGCAUAAACGCAUCUAUAUGCAUGUAUUUUCCCAUAGGAAAGCAAACUUGUUUCAAUCCUUAGGAUGCUCAACAGUUCUUGAAAUUCCGGGUGGGACCCCCACCGGUAUAGAGACAAUCUUAACACUGGAUCAUAUAGACGAUGAAUCUCGGAGAGAGGAGGAUGCAGAUGAAAAUUUUGAGUUAGUUGUAGAUUUUUUAGUCAAACUAAGGAACUCAUCCGAGGUUUAUUACUAUGCUUUAUCAAACACUCAAAACUCCGAACCGAACAAACAAGAAACCCCCAUCAUUGUCGACCAUCCCGAAUGGGCGUCACUUUUCAAUAACGCUGAUGAACGUGAAAAGGAGAGUAUCGGUGCACUGGUUUCUCAAAUUAAGUUGAAGGAAAGAGAGCGCAUAUCUCGAGUCCAAAAUUUAAUUGAGCAUGAAAACAGUCACGACGAAGAUAAAUAUCUCCAAGAUUUGGGAUAUCGCUUAUCUAUAGCUACAAACGAAUUGCUUGAAUCUUGGCAGAAGACGAAAGAUGAAAGCAUCCUUAGUGGGUCUUUGAGCCAUUCAAAAUUGAAAAACCUUUUGGAGAAUUCAGAUUCCUUCGCGAGUAUACCUGAAUUUUCUUCAUUACUAGAUCAGUUUUUCCAGUACUAUCAGGAUCAGGAUGUGACAUUUAUUGGUUUUGAGAAAUUGCUACAUUUGUUUUUACAUGAAGACGUUCCGGGCUUGGAUAUCUUUUACAACAAAUUAUUGCAAUGUUGGGUUUUGGUAUCCCCGCAAGCGGAACUGCUGACAAAGGAGAUAGUCAAAGACAUUAUCUGGAGUUUAGCGAGACUUGAAAAACCAUCACUUUUUGAACCGAUUCAAAACGAAAUUUCACGAUCACUAAGUGGUCCUUACCAGGAUAUUAUCUCCUCUUGGGAUAUGGAUGAUAUCAAUGAAGAAGAUGAAUCUAAUGAAUUUAAUUUUGAUAGUCAAUUUUCAGCACCCUUUAAUGGCAGGCCUCCAUUUAAUUUAAAUUCGCAAUCUCAAAUUCCAACGAUCAAAUCAUCACAAAGUAGCGGACUGGCAAGGAGGAAAAGAAUAUUAAAGACACAAUCACAAAAAGCUACUCCGUUAUCACAAUCCACUCAAAACUUAAGUGUCCUGCCAGAUUCAAUGACACCAGCAUUUACUCUAAUGCAGCCCCCUUCCUCGCAGAUAUCAUUUGUGAACGAUUCACAACCGCGUAAUUCUCAAAAAGCCAAAAAGAAGAAGAAAAGGAUCCGGGGGUUUGGAUAA